CCCACCGAGUGGUACACAUCUGAACUUAGGUUUUCUUUUGUUUUGUUGUUACUCGUUUUUUGUUUUUCGUUUUUUUUGUUAGUGAAUUUAUAAUUUAUCAGAAAUGUAUGAGAACUAUAAAUGUCCACUUUGUGGAGAACGCUUCGAAUCUGAGGAAAUUAUUAAAAAUCACUUGAAAAGCUGCUUUGAUUCGUCUUCGAAUUUGAACCAAACCUCAAAUGAUCCCGCAGCGAACGGGGUAAUCACUUCUCAACCGAUCGCUGCCAAUGCAACUAGUUUUGCGCAACAAUCCGUACCAUCUAGAAAUGCACCCGAUGAAUAUGUCGGUUGUUGUUACGGCUGUUGCAGCGAUGAAGAUGGUGAUGCGUACACUAGUGACCACCAGCGGGGAAUAACAUCAACAACAUCUUCAUCGGACCACGCGGAGCCGCUUGGGGGUGGUGGAGGUUGGUUUAGUAGUAGUGGUGACAAUGGAGGCGCCAUCGAUAACGACUGCAACUGGGGUUCGGGAGGUGGAGGAGGAGGUGGCGAUUCUGGAGGAGGCGGUUGUGGGGGUGAUUCCGGAGGUGGAGAUUGUAGUGGAGGGGGAUCUAGUUCCUGUGAUUGAUAGACAGCUCAACCUCCAUGUUCGAAAGCUGCUCCAGUUCAACCACCCCGAGAAGCUUUUCCACCCCUAGUUCACCGGCUGGCCACAUCAGCGCAACAUAGCCAAGUCUUGACAUCAAUUUAUGCUCGACAUUCGCGACUGGGUCCACUUUUUCGCACAGCAUCCUUCGCUUCAAUCACACUCACAUCUGCGUUCGAACGUGCAUUCUCGACUCAAGUUUUGUCUACCUGCAGGCGUAAUAAAAAGGUUAACAUUUUUCUAAAUAUUUAGCUGCCAGUGGUGUUGAUGGUAGAAAAUGGUGCUUUCCACCGCAGCUUAAAAAAGUUCAGAUUUACGCCCAUUCGUUGUGACCCAGCUGAUUCGAUGAAGUGUUGGUGGUGGGGCUGGUGCUGCUGCUGCUUUUGCUGAAACCGGAAGGAAAAAGUUUUAGCGUGAUGUUAUCUCGUCGCAUCCUGGCAGCAGCAGGACGACGCUAUUAAUAGAAGGUCCACUAUUGGAGAAGUUUCGCGGCCAGAAAUCACCAUCACCAUCGAGCCGGAUUUCCUCCCCCUCCAUCGACAAUGGACUUUAAAUGUCCGCUCUGUGAUGUGCCGAUGCCCUCGAUGGAGAAGCUGAAGCAGCACAUCAAAAACACCCACAGUGCGUACUUUUGCGACACCUAUCUGUUUCCGCCGGAGAUGCUCUUUCCCGGGGCGCCCUCGACGGUCGCGACCAACAACCUGGAGGGGGUGAUUACGAGCGAGCCGACCUUUCAGCUGUCCACGCCGGAGGUGACCAUCGAGCAGGCCGAGGAACCGUGCUGCGUGUGCUGCGAGUACGAGGGCGCGGACGGCGAUCCGACGGAUUGCGGGAUGUGCGACUGCAACUGCGAGGACGAUGCCGGGGGUGAGUGCGACGAUUGUAUGGUGAUGUAAUUUAGGGUAAACUCAAAUCGAUGUGACACACAUAGUAUUUUUUAUAAAAGUGCCUAUACUUCUGCAAACAAAAAAAAAAACAAAAGGUCAAACCACACACUCAUUAAAAU